AUGCGCACUCUGCGCCGCCGCCGAGCGGCACCGCCCGGCUCCGAGACUUUGGACGUGGGCGGCUGGCAGGUCGUCGUCACCGACGGGCACGCGGUGCUGCCCGAAGGCAUGACGCACCUGCCGGACCGGGCGUUUCGGCACCGCACCUCUCUCGUCUCGGUCGCCUGCCCGCGCGGCUCCCUGCCGUGGGAGCACGCGCCGCCAGCCGACAUCCCCGCCGCCAAGCGCGCCGCCACCGCCAGCCAGCUGUCGGAAGGGCUGCCCCGCGAGGCGGCCGUCGCCGUCGAGGCGCUGCUGCGGCCGCCGCGCGGCGCCGGUGGGGAGGUGGACCAUGCCGCGCUGCUCCGCACGCUGCGCCUCGCGGCCGGCAGCGAUGGUGGAGAGGAGGGCGAGGGCGAGCAGGGCGAGGGCAUGGACUGGCAGCGCCUCGGGCUGAGUUGGAGGGCAGACGGGGCGAUCCUUGACGCUGGAGGCGAGCUCGUGCGGAGGCCCGCGGGCUGA